AUGGGAAAGCGUUCUGGAAUCACAAAAGGUGGGAGGAUGAUGAAUCCGGCUGAUAGAGAACGUAAACAGAUGCGUGCCAAAGAACUUAAACGAAACAAAAAGCAAAGAAAUGCUGUAAGGCAAGCAAUGGUUAAAAGUCGUGAUCCUGACGAAUUAAUUGAACAAAUGAGCCGUUUAGAUGAACAAGAAUUUGACCCACAACGUGUACUUUCCCUUAAUGUUAUUCAAGAAAAAAGAAAUAAACUUCGUGCAUCUUAUUUUCAAAUAAUUAAUUUAUGUCGUCAAGAGAAAGAAGAGAAGAAAGUGAAAAAUUUGGAGCGGAUGCUUUAUGAAUAUGAAGUUGAACGUGCUCGAAAAGAAGAAAAUUUUCGGGCAAUGCUUUUCUCGCAAAGUGAAAAUUUUGAAGAAAUUCCUCUUCCGACUGGUGCCAGUGCCCCUGAUGCAGCUAAUACACCUUAUUCUGUUAAUUCUAUACAUGGAAUUGGAUUUGGGCCUCAAAUGCCUCAAUCAGCGAUGAAAGUUGGAAUUUUGAAAAAGCCGGUUUCUAAUGCUGUUAAAAAGAAGCAUAAAUAUCCACCAGGACCUCCGCCUGGUUUGCCACCCCAUCUAUACGCUAGUGAGGAUGAGGAGGAAGAGGAAUAUGAUGAAGAAGAAGAGAGUUAUAGAGAAGAAGGAAGGAGGAGAAGAAGAGUCAGAUUUGGAAAUCGGCCACUUAAGGACGCUUUUGAUGAAGCUGCUGAACAUGUUGAUGGGGAUGAAAAUUAUGAAGAUGAAGAUUAUGCACCUGUUGAGAUUCCCGAGAGUAUGUUAUCUUCCGAAGAACCUCCUAUGCAGCAUCAACAACCAAUCUAUUCUCGUUCUGCCCCUUCUUUGGCUGCACCUGCUAUCGGUACAGGGCCAAUUAUGCCUGGAAUGGCUCUUCCACCUCAUUCAAAUUAUCCGCCAGGUUAUCCAAUAAUGAUUCCGUCUCAUGGAAUGCGUGAAGUUGUGGUGAGGCCACAACAUGGGCGUCAUUCUCAACAUCAAUCUUCACAACAAUCAAAAACUGGACUUGUUAGUGGAUAUUCUGAUGCUGCUGUUAUUUCCGCGGAGCCGCAAGUAGUUAAACAUAAAACGGAUGCUCCUCCAUCUAAUGUAGAAACAACAAUCACUGCUGGCCCUCAAAUGCGAAAUGUAACGAAAGAAACAACUCGUUUUGUACCUACAGCAGUAAAAAUUCAACGUCCCGUUGUUCCAACAGUGAUUGGACCAAAAAUUCCAACAUCCUCUGUUGCUGGACCUACAAAACUUUUGCCAAGAUCUUCGCAAAUAAAACCUACUCAAAAACAAACGACGGCAGUAAAUUCUGCCAUAGAUGCAACAAAAUCUGUGGAUGAAGCUUGUGAUGAUUUUUUGAAGGAAUUGGAGGGAUUACUUUGA